UCACAGGAGAAACAAGUGGUAUUGUAUUGUACUUUUGCGAACAAAUAAUACAAGUUUUAUAUACAAAUUGUAACCGAAUAUUACACUUUUAUUUGCAUAGGCUUGUCGAUCAUGCUCUGUUUUUACGUGUUCGAAGAUAUUGCGGUUUACGAUGAAAUUGAAUAUUGUUUUCUAUUACCAAUCGAAACAGAAAUAGGUUCUUGCUAGGGUUGAACGUGCAGUCCACAAACUUCUGACUUCAUCGCGUAAAAAUAGGGCUGACUGAACCAUAAGAGACAGAUCGCUUUUCGUCUGCGAGUAAAAAGUGACCGGAUAGACGCUGAUAAAUAGGGUUUGAGGUGGUGAGGCGUCAUCGUUUUGCGUCUGUUGUUGUACCUGGAACUCGAAGGAGUAGUUUUCUUUGGUGAUGUUGGAGAAUUAGGUUAUAAAGAACAAUUUUAAAACGCAGAUACAUUUAUCUGUAGUAACUCUUCAGCGAGAAAUUAUACAUUCAUAGUGAACUGCGUUAGCUGGCAUUCAAAUCCGAUUAGAUCUUGUUUUAGAUAUGUUCUAUAUUAAAUAUUUGACGAAACAUUUUUUUAAUUUCAGCUGACUAAAAUUUAUUUUAUAUUAAAUAUCAAUCGUUUUAACGCGAAAUGAAUAGAUAAAGAAGUUUGAAGAAAAAGAGAAUAUAAAAUUUAUUUUUUCUGGCACAAACGCCAAACUUUUGUUACAACUAAAGGACUAAAUAUUUAUUAUUGAAAAUAUGAAUAUCGUCGGUGGUCGAAGAGUUCGAUUAGAACUAUUGUUGUCAUUAAUUUUAUUGUUAUUUAUAUCAAAUAUUUCUUCACAGAAACCAAGUUCGCAAAGGGGAUAUCUCAUUCUGGCUCCUGCGAUUUUUCGAUCUGGCGUUAAUCAAACUAUAAGUAUACGGAUAUUUGGCGAACACGAGCCCGUACCUGUAAAAGCAACAAUAGUUGAUUGGCGAGGUCAGUCAAUCAUAACAUCGGAAAUUUCAAGUAUUAAAGAUAACGGAGUAAUAACUUUCCAGAUACCAAAAGGUAUAGAAGGGAAGGCAAUGUUGGAAGUUUGUGGAAAUUGCCAUCAGCAUGCAACAUUUCGUUUUCAAAAUUCAACAACAAUAACAAUUAUUAACAAAGGAACUUCUGCUUUCAUUCAAACUGAUAAACCGCUGUAUAAACCUUCUCAGCGAGUGAACAUCAAUGUGUACACUAUUGAUCGUGAUCUACGACCGGUGUCUGACAAUGUCACGAUUUAUUUGAAGGGACCAAGUGACGUGAAAAUAAUCGAAUGGAGGGAUUUAACUCCGGCAUGCUGUGGAACUGUUAAUGUUUCAUUUCCACUGUCGGAUCAACCACUACUGGGAGAAUGGACUGUGUUUGCAGAACUACAAGGAAAUCUAUAUAACACCACAUUUGAAGUGGGAAAAUAUGUUCUUCCAAAAUUUGACGUCACCAUCACUCCUCCCACAACAUUUAGAGACUUUUCCAUUUGCGAAGAAGCAAUUGUAACUGCAAAAUAUACAUUUGGUAAACCGGUCAGAGGGACUCUUCACGUGAAUAUGACAGUUACUGGUCUAGGAUACUUCGUGCGAGAUUUGGAUAGAGGAAACACCAUUGUGCAGUCAAUGCCGUUUCAUGGAGAGUCGCGAUUUGCAAUAUGUCUCCAGGAUAAUUUGCGCCGCAGAGUUUUGAAUAGGCACUUUCGUGGAAAUCUUGCAAUAUGGGCCACCGUUAUUAGCGAUGAUGGAUCGAGUUUUUCAGCAUAUGAUGAUACAACAAUAGUGUCAAGAAAUUUCGUUGAGCUAGAAUUUACUGCAAAUACCAGAAAACAUUUUAAACAUGGAAUUCCUUUCAAAGGACAGAUUUUUGCGAGCUAUCUGAAUGGUACAGGCGCAAAAGAUAUUUUAAUUGAACUCAAAGUGAAAGAUAAUCAAGAAACCUUUAUGACCCAGGAACUGAUAUCUCCGACCGACGGCAUCAUAACAUUUACCAUUCCUGCUCUGCCGCAAACGACGAAAUUUUUGUGGCUUGAAGCUCGCGCGAUUGCCAUAGAUGGCGCAUACACAGACCGACACCAGUAUUUAGCGGUGUACCAUGAUCUUUAUAGUUGGCACUCUCCUAGUGAAUGCCAUUUGUUGAUUGAGAGUCCAGACGAAUACUUGCAGGUUAACCAACAUACAUCAAUUAUGGUAAAAUCGACGUGCACCUGUGAUUUCACGCUCUAUUACGAGUUCUUGUCGCGAGGUGAAAUCGUGUUAUCUGAUUCCUUUCAAGUGAAUGACAGUAAUAGCCAUCGAAUUGAGGAACGCAGACGUAGGUCGGCAAAUUUUAAAAGACCAAUCGAACACAAGAAACGACAUGCAGAAAUGGGUUUAUGCCACACAUCUAUUCAAUUUAUACCGACGGCAAACAUGGGGCCUUUAUCAAAAUUGGUCGCAUAUUAUGUACUGCCAACUGGGGAGGGUAUCGCUGAUAGCAUUCACCUACCAAUAGAGUCUAUUUUGGAAAACGAGGUCACGAUAAGCACGUCAAAAACACAACUUGCCCCAGGACAAUCGGUCGACGUAACUAUAAAAACUACCAAAGACACUUGCGUAUGUUUUGGUGCAACUGAUAAAAGUCUCCACCUUAUUUCGCCUGACUAUUUGUUAACCAAAGAUGAGAUAUUCGAAGAAAUAUAUUCAUACGACAUGGACAAUUUACCAUUUGAAGAUGAAGGUUUUCGACCAUCAAAACUUGGCAGAAGACGGAAAAGAUCAGCACAUGGACGUCAACAAUUGACCAGCAGAGAUUCGCUCUACGCUUUUCUGGAAACGGGUCUUGUUGUUAUGACGGACGUCGUAACUUUGAAACACAAACAGGACGUUCAAGUGUUUUCACAGCUGAGUCGGCAAGCACUAAUGCAAUCUCCGCCAGCAAAAAUUAAAUCCAGAAAGCGUCGAAAACUGCGAUCGUUCUUCCCCGAGACCUGGUAUUGGAAGUGCUUCACAGUAAGUUCCAGUGAAGAAAACACCAUCACACUCAAAGUUCCAGAUACUGUUACUUCGUGGGUUCUUAACGCAGUCGGCACAAAUCCUAACAAUGGGAUAGGAGUAGCUGAAAAUAUCGAAAUACAAGCCGUUAAACCAUUCUUUGUGGAUUUCAAUUUGCCUUACUCGGCUAUACGUGGCGAAAACAUGGAAGUUCCAGUUACUUUACACAACUAUCUCGAUGUGUGUACCGAGGUUCGUUUAACUUUUGCUGUUCCUGCUGGGGCAACAUUGGAGGGUGAAACUUCUGAUCGGGCGAGCAAGAAAACAAAGUAUUUAUGCAUAGAUCGACAAUCAUCUUUGGUUACCAAGUUUAAAGUAGGCUUCAGCAAUCUCGGGAGUUCAAAGAUCCUCGCUGUUGCGGACGCAAUGGGAGGUCCGAAUCGUUGUUGUAACGCAGAUAAUCGCAUGAUCGCAAAAUGGAAAGAAACAGAUACUAUCAACAUAGAUCUCACGGAAGAGAAUGUUGUGGGUAACGAUGCGUUAAUAAAGAGCAUACUGGUGGAGCCGGAGGGAGAUCUUCGAGAAUAUACGCACAGCGUGUUUUUCUGUCCGAAUGAAAGGUUGAAUAUCACAACACAGCCCGGAACUACGCAUUUUGUGAAAUUUCCCAACAAGAAAAGCGGCUUCAACUUCAUGACUAAAGCACAAAGCAGCGUGCAUAUCGCGCUCACUACCGAUGAGGAAAUAUCGGUUUCUUCGUACGAAAUAAUCUUGGGAGGUCAAGGAAAUAUGAUAUCUUGGAUUCAGAAAAACGGUGAAAUUUUGGCAUCGACGUCGACGAAAAACAUAUUACGUGACAAAGAAUUUAGAUCGUUUUGGGUUCAGUGGUCCCAUACAAACAUAACGGUUGGUUACGGUAUGGAAGAAUCAGAAGUCUCUCAAUUUCUCUUUUUGAGAAUAGAAAAUAUAAACGUUAAAUAUGUUGGAUUGGCAACGAAUGGUCAAUCAGCAGCAGAAUUCAGGUUGUGGUCAACUGGAGAUCAUCCCGAAGGAAGCUUUAGAGAAGUAUUUCAACUUGACGUUCCAAGUUAUGCAGUUCCGGGAUCAAUACGAGGACAUGCAACAGUAAUUGGAGAUGUGAUGGGACCGACGCUUAGAAAUUUGAAUAAUUUGUUGAAACUUCCAUAUGGAUGUGGAGAACAAAACAUGAUUAAUUUUGCUCCGAAUAUCUACGUUAUGAAAUACUUGAAGUUGACAAAUCAAUUGACUGGUGAUAUAAAGAACCAGGCUCUGGAAUACCUCGUACAAGGGUAUCAGAGGCAACUGACGUAUAGAAGAAGAAGUGGCUCAUACAGCGCAUUCGGUGAACGCGAUCACUACGGGAGUAUGUGGCUCACUGCGUUUGUACUGAAGUCGUAUGCAGCGGCAAGGGAGUUCAUAUUUAUCGACGAAAAAGAAAUACUAAAACCGAUGAACUGGAUUCUAAAUCAUCAACUCGAUGAUGGAUCGUUCCCGGCAUACGGAAAAAUAUUAAACAAGGAUGCACAAGCUGGAAACAACCGCAAAGUUGCUUUGACAGCCUAUGUCGUCAUCGCAUUGUUGGAAACAGAAGCGGAUAACCAGAAACGGGAAGAAUCUAUUGCAAAAGCGCUCAACUACCUGGAGGGUAUGUUUUAUAGUUAUGAAGAUCCAUACACUGCGGCACUAACUGCAUAUGCACUGACCUUGGGGAAAAGCCCUUUCGCCGAUGAAGCAAGAAUGAUACUGAUGGACAUGUCCAUUCAAACAAUGACCGGUAGUUAUCGGCAUUGGUCCCUAAAAGGACACGUAGAUGUCGCUGAUAUUCAUCCAGCUGAUGCUUUAUUUAAAAUGCUAGGAGAUUCAGUUAAACAAACAGUCGCAUCGGCGGAAAUUGAGUUGGCAUCCUACGCUCUACUUGCCUUCACUUUGACACAAGAUGUUCCUUCAGCAUUACCUAUCGUCAAGUGGAUUUCAAAGCAAAGAAAUGCUCAAGGUGGCUUCAUAUCAACUCAAGAUACCUGCACUGCAUUGCAAGCUCUUUCAUCCUAUGCAACUUAUUCAUACAUUGGAGGAAUACACCUUAACGUUACGUUGGAAGGCCCUGACUACGCUUGGAACGUAAUAUUAAACGACACAAACAGUGAAAUAUUACAAAGAGGGGAAAUUCCGCCUCUUGGACCAACUCCAAUUCCUGUAUUCCUGAACGCGAGUGGAGAUGGAUGUGCGCUUUUGCAGAUACACGUUCUCUACAACAUACCCAAACCAGACGACAAAAAAGAAUUUGCACUGAGCGUUGUUAUGGCGAAUAAUCUGGAAAACAUAAAUCCAUCCAGCAUAUUAAAGAAAAAGAGGGAUUCAGGAGAGCCUGUAAGACCAGCACUGGUCGAAAUUCGCUCAAACACUGAAAGUGCGGUGUUGGAAGAAGAUACGGAUAUCGAAAAAAUAGCUCAUAUGAAAAUAUGUGGAAGAUGGCUAAAUGAUGGAUCUUCGAAUAUGGCAGUUUUGGAAGUCCCGCUUUUAACGGGUUACGUUCCCGACACUGAAAGUCUAAACGAGGCUUUGUCAAACAGAAGUAGAAGUUUGAAACGCUAUGAAGUGGAAAAUUCGAAAAUUGUUUUCUAUUUCGACGAGAUUUCAAGUGUUUGUAAAACAUGUGUAACCUUUCGAAUUCAAAGAGAAGUCGAUGUUGAAAAUCUGUCUUCCAAGAUUGUCAAGAUUUAUGAUUAUUAUGAACCCGGAUAUGAAUCAUCUCUAGAAUACAACCAACAUGAAGAGGGAGAGGUUUAUACUAUCGAACACGACGAUAGAUUUCCGGAAUGUAAAUGUUAUCAAGAAUGUGGGUACCAGGGACCUCGUGUCUGCGGCAACGACGGAGUUAUGUACGAAAAUUUGUGUAGAAUGCAAGUUACAUCAUGUGAAACCCACAAGAGUAUAAAUCAGGAGAUUGAUUCGUUUUGCGAGGAACGCGGAAUGUCUGUGACGUUGGAGCCCCCACUGGAAGUGCCAGAUGAACCUUAUAUUCAUGAAUAUGAGCCCGGGGUCAACUACAGUGAUUUUCUUUAUGUGAAUCCUGAAGAUUACUUCGUGGAUAAAACAUUCUCAUAUGAUAACUAUUGAGACAAGGGGCAAAGAUGAAGAUAAACCUUGAAUUGAUUGAUAUUCACUUUGAUAGUUCUAUAACUCAAUAUUGUCAACUUUAUUUUGAAUACGUGUAUAUAUUUAUUACCAUUUUAACUUUGUCAUUUUUGGAGGUAUGAAGUCAACAACAACUUUUCCCUUUACAUUAAUUUAUGUUUUUAAAGAAUAUAACAAAGCGAACAUGUCACAAUAUACGCCAAGAGUCUAUAUCAAUAUUCUACGUCAAAUAUGUUAAUCUUUAUAUUUCAAAGCUAUCAUUUUCGUUGCAUUUCUGAUUCUGUAACUACAGCCUAUUGUAGCUAGUAAAUUGUACUUAUCAGAGAUAAAACAGCUUACAUUUGUGUCUGAAGAUUUGUACAUAGUAUAUGGCUACUGAAUUGUGCUCCAGCCGUAGCGUCAGGCACUCGCCAAAUAAAUGAAUUUUGUUCAGUCAGUUUUUUGCUUUUAUACAUUUUUAUUAUUGUCAGUUCCUUGAAAUUGCUUUUG